AUGUCAGCAUCAACUAGUCAAAAUGAAGACUUUAUUGUCGAAGUUACAACUGAAGAAAAGGAACCUGAAGACAAAGAUGAAAAGAAACCCGAAGACGAAAAAAAUGAACCUUUAAAGUAUUUUGCAAUUAGUCCGGAAGGCGAUUUUCUAGUUGUAUUUGUAGUAAAAAAUCUUGCUAAUUUAGAAUUCGAAUUACAAAUGUAUGAUAUUAAAAAUUCGAAUGAUGCAGGCGAUUCAGCAUUAGAGAACAACUCAGAGCAAAAGGAUAGUAUGAAACCAGAGAACGAUUCAGAACUAGGAAAUGGCCAGGAAUUAUC